AUGGCCGCGGCGACGGCGGAGAGCCGCAGCUACGGCCGCUCCAUGGCGAAGGCAAUGGUCCAUUUCAAGGAUAACAACUUCUCUGGCUUCUGCGAAGCGCUUGCCGUCGGCUCGCUGCAAGAUGCCAGUAUCUCUGUGACGCUCGCGCAGCCCGAGGAGCCGGACUGCCCACUCAUCGGCGUCAGCAAGGGCUUUCAACUCCUAACCGGAUACGCCCGCGACGAAGUUCUUGGCAGGAAUUGCCGGUUCCUGAAUCGUGGUUGUGUCGUCCCGAAGGAGGAGCGGCUGCGCCUGCGGGCGGCGGUGCGCAAGGGAAAGAAGGGCGGCGCGUCCUUCGCGGGGCUUCUGCAGAACCGUCGGAAGAACGGCGAGGCCUUCCUGAACUUCCUCUGCAUCAAGACGCUCCGAGUCGGCUCCCUCUUCUACUUCUUGGGAUUCCAGGUGGACAUGACUCACCGGAGUGACAGUGAGCAUGUACAGAAUCUGGUUCAGCUCGAGCUGGAUGCUAUUGUCUCCACGAUCUUGUAUGCUCAAGAUGAUGCUUUGUCCCGCUUGCAGGUGGUCGAGGACUUCGAUCACAAAGCUUGGCUGCUCCGGAAGGAGUACGACCAUGCGAAUUUUGCUUCGCUCGAGCAUGACCAGUUGCUCACAAAGAACACUUUCCUCGAGGUCCAGGCGGAGGAAGACGAGAAGCCACUCCGGCGAUCUGUAUCAGACUCGAUCUUUGAGGAAGGUUCCAACACUUCAGAAGAGGCCUUCACCAAGACGCUGAAGAUCCUGAAGGACCAAGCGGAUUGGCUUCACGAGAAGGCCAGGGCGGCCAGGGUGAAGGACGAGCCGGAGUUGGAGGAGAAGACGGAGAACACCAAACUGCCCAGUGUGGGCAGCCAGUUCCAUCCCGAUCGAUGCACGCCGUGCUCCUUCCACUGUUACUCUCUGCGCGGGUGCCUGCAUGGAGAGGCCUGCGAAUUCUGCCACUUGGAGCAUCUUCGUCGGCCCAAGCCGAAGAAGCGAGGCAGGAAGAAGCCCGAGGAGGCGCAAGCCCCCUUCGACUGA